ACAAUAUUUGUCUUCUGAGGAGUUCCGACUCUUCUCAGAAACUUGGUUCACAGAGUGGCCUUGGUUCAGAACCCUUUUUCCUCCCCUUGCAAAAGAAGAGAAAGAUAACUCUCUCUUUGUUCUUGUUUCAACUUUCAAGAAGGGAUAAAAAAUAAAGUGCUGAAGAACAGAGGAGAGUUGAAAGGAAUGAAUCUUGAACUGCAUUCUUUAGUUAGCAUACUUCAUUCCUGCAACACCCACCUUUCUCUAUCCUUAGGAAAACAGCUCCACCUUGUUUUUCUCAAGAAGGGUCUCAUCAACUCCACUGUUACAUUCGGAAACCGGCUUCUGCAGAUGUAUGUUAAAUGUGGCAGCAUGAAUGAUGCACUCAACUUGUUUGAUGAAAUGCCCCACAGAAAUGGCUUCUCUUGGAACACAUUGAUCCAAGGUUGUAUGAACUCCGGGGACCAUGAGAAGUCUUUGAAGUUGUUCGAUUCCAUGGCUCAUAAGGAUGAUUUCACCUGGAGCUUUCUUGUUUCUGGGUUUGCAAAAGCCGGUAAGCUAGAGCUUGCUCGUGCUUUGUUUGAUGACAUGCCUAGGAGAAACUGGGUUGCUUGGAAUUCUAUGAUCAAUGGCUAUGCCAAAAAUGGGCGCUCUACAGAUGCUUUGAGGCUUUUUAAGGAUUUGAGUUUGGACCCAUUGGAGGUAUCACUAUUACAUGAAAAGAAAUUUAUAUUCGCUACGGUUGUUGGAGCUUGUGCUGAUUUGGUUGCUCUUGGUUGUGGCAAGCAAAUUCAUGCGCGUAUUGUGACUGAUCAAGUGGAAUUUGACUCCGUUUUGGCUUGUUCGUUGGUUAAUUUUUAUGCCAAGUGUGGUGAUUUGGAUAGUGCAAGUCAAGUUUUGAAGUUGAUCAAGGAGCCAGAUGACUACUCUCUCUCAGCAAUGAUUUCAGGUUUUGCAAACUGUGGUAGAAUGGACGAUGCAAGAAGAGUUUUUGAUACUAAAAGCAAUCCAGAUGUUGUGUUAUGGAAUUCAUUGAUAUCUGGAUAUGUCGUCAGUAAUGAAACCAUUGGAGGAGCAUUACUUCUUUUCAAGGAAAUGCUGACUAAUGGUGUUCGUGGGAAUUCUUUUACGCUGGCAAGUGUUUUGGGUGCCAUUAGUGUCUCAGGCAUCCUUAAACAUGCUCAACAAAUGCACACAUUUGCCUGCAAACUUGGGCUGCUUGGUAAUGUUAUUGCUGCUAGUGCUAUGCUUGAUGCAUACUCCAAGUGUGGAAGCCCUGAUGAUGCUUGCAGAUUGUUUAGUGAACUCAAAGUCUUUGACACUAUAUUGCUUAAUUCGAUGAUCACUGUGUAUUCCAAUUGUGGAAGAGUUGAAGAUGCAAAACAGAUUUUUAUGGCCAUGCCAAGUAAAAGCAUAAUAUCAUGGAAUUCGAUGAUGGUUGGCCUUAGUCAAAACGGUUGUCCAAUUGAAGCAUUAGAUCUUUUCAGACAAAUCAAUGUGCUGGACUUGAGAAUGGACAAGUUUAGCCUGGCUAGUGUGCUAAGUUCAUGUGCUAGUAUUUCCUCACUUGAAUAUGGUGAACAGGUUUUUGCCAGAGCUACCAUCAUUGGGCUUGAUGACGAUGAAAUUGUCUCCAACUCACUUGUUGAUUUCUAUUGCAAGUGUGGUCUUGUUAAAAAUGCACGAAAGCUGUUUGACAGGAUGGUGAAGUCUAAUGAAGUGGCUUGGAAUUCUAUGCUAAUUGGAUAUGCAACAAACGGUCAUGGAAGUGAAGCACUGGCUCUUUUCGAUGAAAUGAGGCUUGCUGAUGUGAAACCCAAUGAAAUUACAUUUACAGGGGUUUUGUCUGCCUGUGAUCAUUGUGGGUUGGUCGAAGAGGGAAGAAAAUGGUUUUCUAAGAUGAAACAGGACUAUGGUAUUGAUCCACGUAUUGAACACUAUGCUUGCACGAUUGAUCUUUUUUCCCGAGCUGGUUGCCUUGAGGAAGCAAUUAGUCUAGUCGAAGCAAUGCCCUUUAAAUUAGAUGCCAGCAUAUUGUCAUCAGUCUUGAGGGGUUGUGUGUCUCAUGGACACAAGGAUCUUGCGAAGAAAAUGGCGGAGCGAAUCAUUGAGCUUGAUCCUGAGAAUUCAGGUGCUUAUGUACAGCUUUCUAAUGCACUUGCAGGUGUCAAUGAGUGGGAAGGAUCUGCACAGAUUAGACAAAUUAUGAGAGAUAAGAGCAUACCAAAAAAUCCUGCUUUCAGCUGGUUUGAUCGUUGAACAAUACUCUUAUGGAGACAAAGUUCUAUAUGCACCUGAUAGAGGUGGACAUGAAAAGCAAAUCAACAGUUGUGGGUUGGAAUGGGAGAUCUGAUUUGAGUGCCAGUGAUUGCACGCGCACUGGAUUUGUUAAGAUGUACAUUGGACAGAAUUUUUUUGUUUCUAAUAUAUGCUUUCUAAUAUCAAACAUACCGGCAAGAGCUCAAACCAUCAAUGGGACCGUUCAUUACACAUGAUUAGGGGCUGAACAAAUAUAGAAUUAGACUAGUGUCCUCCUCAGAAAUCGCUCUUCUAUACCGUGCUGAGUCAAGGGGAAACAUAACAUCCUCUUACUUUAGCACUUGCAAGCCACUUUCCUAUUCCCCGUUUUACUUGCUUCAACUCUUCUUUCAGAGUACAGACGGUUCAUCAAGCAGAUUUUUCUUUCUCAUGCUUUAGAAAGGAAGGCAGAUGAAUGUAUUAAGUAGCAGAAGUAAGGCUACACCCUACAGAGGCAUGGCAGGUUGUAACAUCUAACCUAUUAACGACCAUAACAAAAUAGUAGCAGAGUGAGAUGCCAGCAUGACAGAAGUUUGCCGGCCGCAACGUUUUGCAGUCAGUGUAAGAGAAAAUACAUUAGAUAAGUCAGAAGCAAGAAGGAAACAAAAUACCGAGGAGAAACCAAAGCAAAAGGAAAUCAACAGGGAAAGAAAAAUGACAAAGGAAACAAGGCCACCAAGGGCUAUUACAAUAAAUUGAUUCCAGACAGGGACCCUGUCCAUCAUUUAUCACAACUGAUAAGAUCGAGAGAUGUUGGAUUGAAGAUUUACCCACUCUUUUGACUAUAACCUCUAGUUUGCAAGCUUGGCUGCAGUAGCGGUUAGCUUCAGGAGAGAUCCAAGACUUCUAUUUUGCAAUCACGUACACUUAAAUCUAAACAUGGGGCAUAUUAAGUUUGGAUUUGAUUCCAGAAUUGAAGUUGUUGUAAAGGCUUGCCCCUCCCCUUGCCCCUGCCCGGGAAGCACCAGUGCCAUCUUUAGCGAAUUGUUUCUUCGUUGAAUCUUCUGUUAUAAUAUUGAUGUUAAACCAAUACACUGGUAUCUCAUAAUUGUGAAUACAAUGCCUUAUUCAUACUUCGAAGCAGCAGCUAGUGUUUAGGACACGAUUUGAAAAAAGAAUAUAGGCAGGCUUUUGACCCUUCCUAGAAUGUCAACUGGGGAAAGGACGAAAGGUACAUUGGCUUUGCAACAAAUGGAAUUACAAAGCCAACAAUAGUUUUAUUGGGUUGCUUUUGACGUUUUCAUUGUAUCAGGAAGAGGCAUAUGAUACAGGCAGGCGCACUUGUGUGCCAACUGUGGAAUGCCUCGACCUGCUCUUCUGGUUGGCAUCUCCAUUUUGUGAGGACUAAGGACAACAAUAGUUCAGCACUGCUCUCUGAAUUCUCUUCAGCAAGGCAUUGUCGAUUAUCAUACAGGCGGAGAAACAUUAUCCUAGACAUAUAAACAGGAAGAUAAAGAAGGCAGGCAUGAAACAUCCUCCUAGCUUUAUGUGUAGCACGGUCUUGAUAAAAUGAAAAUGCUCACUGCCGGCAGCCGCCUCAAUCAGUUCUUACUUCUUAGUGCUCUAAAAAUCACCAAUUUAUGCAUCCAUGUUCAUAGUUGUCAUUUUAUUUUAGAUUCCUAUUGAUUAAUUUCU